GAGAAACAAUCCAGAACCAUGCUGGAGGGAAACAUUUUGAAAAAUCUUUAAGAGUGAUGGGUCUUUCGGUCUUUUUGCUGGUUGUCUGCUACGGUCUGUAUGUGACCCAGGCUCAGGGAAACAAUGACAACCAGAAAACCUGCUGUCUAUCUGACACUUGUUCCCUGGCAAAAGAACUAGUAUCUAUUGGAGAGAAACUAGGAACCAUGGUGGAGAAACAGGGAACUAUGGGGGAUAACCUGAGACUCAUGGAGACCAGGUUACAAACCAGCGAGAAGGAAGUGGAGGAGCUGAAGCAAAUUAUUGGAGGCCAGCCUAAAGUGGCCUUCUCUGCUGCCCUCCGAGAGUCAGGCAACGGGGACACUGGACCUUUCCACAUCAACACUCCUCUUCAGUACAAGAAGGUCUUCUCAAACACCGGCAACUGUUACAACCCAGCCACAGGUAUAUUCACAGCCACAGUGAAAGGGAUGUACUAUUUCCGUUUCACCACGAUGAAUAAUCAAGCUAACCCUCCUAGUUCUGUGGUGAGCCUCACCAAAAACGGUCAGAGCCUGGCAACUGUCUGGGACCAUGGAUCAACUGAUACCAAUGACAGUGGCAGCAAUGCAGUGGUCAUUUCCCUGGAGGUGGGCGAUAAUGUCUAUGUUGAGUUGUGGGCUAAGAAGCUGGUCUAUGAGGACAGCAACCUGUACUUGACCACCUUUAGUGGCUUCCUGCUCUUCGCCAUGUAAAUCGUGGCAACAUGUUAAACAGCUAAAAAAGUUAAAUAGAAGUGCUUGCUUUCAUACCAGUUGUGGUUAGAAUAAAAUUUGAUGCUUCUAUGUUUUAUAGUGAAAUUCUUCAUGUCUGCUUAUUCACCAGAAGCCAAACUGUUAGAUAAUUAUAAUGUAAUGUAGAAAUAAAACUCUAUGUUCCAUUCAAAUAAUGUUUUGCUUCAUUUUCAAACCGACAAGUUACAAAAGUGUAAAUAAAACACACCCAACAAGUGCUCUCCUCCAAUUAUGGUGAAUGUUGUGAGAUUACAAUGUCUUAAGUGUUUGAUAUUUGUGCUUGUAAUUUUCAGAUUCAUAUUUUUUAUGAUUGUAUACUGUCAUCUGGUGGACACUUCUUUGGCCAAUAAAAUAGCUGUCUGUGUGUGUGCACACACCAA